GCGACACACCAGGUGAUUACACAGAUCUGAAACUCAACAAUCCCGACAUCAGUGUAGAGGAUGGUACUCUUUCCAUUAACAACAUUCAAAAAACCAAUGAAGGAUACUAUCUCUGUGAGGCCGUUAACGGAAUUGGAUCAGGACUCUCUGCCGUUAUUCUCAUUUCUGUCCAAGCCCCACCUCACUUCGAAAUUAAACUCCGAAAUCAGACUGCCCGUAGAGGAGAGCCUGCAGUACUCCAAUGUGAAGCGCAAGGCGAAAAACCAAUUGGAAUCCUGUGGAACAUGAACAACAAGAGGCUGGACCCGAAAAGUGACUCUCGAUAUACAAUUCGUGAAGAAAUUCUUACUAAUGGAGUUUUGGCUGAUUUGAGUAUCAAACGUACUGAGAGGAGUGACUCUGCGUUGUUUAGCUGCGUCGCGACAAAUGCGUUUGGCAGUGAUGAUACCAGCAUCAAUAUGAUCGUUCAAGAAGUUCCUGAGGUUCCCUAUGGUCUUAAAGUUUUGGAUAAGUCUGGGAGAUCUGUGCAGUUGUCGUGGGCAGCACCUUACCACGGAAACAGUCCCAUCAAACGUUACAUCAUUGAGUAUAAAAUGAGUAAAGGAACUUGGGAGGCCGAUGUUGAUCGCGUUCUCGUACCUAGCUCUCAGCAGAAUGUUGCCAGUGUAUUCAAUUUGAGACCUGCCACUACUUAUCAUCUCCGAAUUAUUGCUGAAAAUGAAAUUGGCACUUCUGAUCCAUCUGAUACCGUCACUAUCAUCACAGCAGAGGAAGCCCCUUCUGGACCCCCAAGCGCUGUGAGAGUAGAAGCUCUAGAUCAACACACUCUUAAGGUAACCUGGAAACCUCCAUCACGUGAAGACUGGAAUGGCGAAAUCUUAGGCUACUACGUUGGAUACCGUCUAUCAUCAUCAUCGGAAAAACCUUACAUGUUCGAAACAGUAGAAUUCUCCAAGGAAGAUGGAAAAGAACAUCAUCUUCAGAUAAUGAAUCUAAAAACCUAUACUCAGUACAGUGUGGUAGUUCAAGCAUUCAACAAAGUGGGCUCUGGCCCUAUGACUGAGGAGCGUCGUGCACACACGGCUGAAGGUGUUCCUGAACAACCCCCUCAUGAUACAACCUGCACCACCCUGACAUCUCAAACAAUCAGAGUAUCGUGGGUCUCUCCACCGCUCAGUGCAGCUAAUGGCGUCAUUACCGGAUAUAAAGUGAUUUACGGGCCCUCAGAUACUUGGUAUGAUGAGAAUACUCAGGAUACGAAGAUUACUUCUUCAAGUGAAACCAUCCUCCACGGAUUGAAAAAGUAUACCAACUACUCGAUGCAAGUGCUGGCCUUUACCUCCGGAGGAGACGGCGUUAAAUCUGCACCCAUUCAUUGUCAGACUGAACAGGACGCUCCCGAAGCACCGAUUGCAGUGAAAGCCCUCGUAAUGUCUCCAGAAUCUGUUCUUGUAUCUUGGAGACCUCCAAGCCAACCAAACGGAGUCAUUUCCCAAUACACUAUCUACACAAAGUCCGAUAAUGCUGAGGAAGCUGCCAAUCAGAAAGUACCACCUAAUCAAUUGACCUACGAGGCCACUGGACUCGAUAAACAGAGGAGAUAUGACUUCUGGGUAACCGCUAGCACUAACAUUGGAGAAGGAGAGGCUUCCAAAAUUGUUUCUUUAGCUCCAAACACCAGAGUUCCAGCUAAGAUCGCUUCAUUCGAUGAUAAAUUCACUGCUACAUAUAAAGAAGAUGUUAAACUUCCCUGUUUAGCUGUGGGCGUUCCAGCUCCUGAAGUUACCUGGAAAGUUCGUGAUGCUAAGCUUCAGCCGAGCGAUAGAUUGAGACAGCUGCCAGAGGGAUCAUUAUUCAUCAAAGAAGUAGAUAGAGCAGACGCUGGAGAAUAUUCUUGUUACGUUGAAAAUUCGUUUGGACAUGACACGGUCACUCAUCAGUUGAUUGUCCAGGCCCCACCGCAUUCUCCUCAAGUAACUUUUACGAGUACGACGACAAACUCAUUAACAAUGAAACUGCGACCUCACCCUAAUGAUAAUACACCCAUUCAUGGUUACACGAUUCAUUAUAAACCGGAAUUUGGAGAAUGGGAUACGGUGCAGAUCAGCUCUAGUGUGCAGAAGUAUACACUUGAGAAUUUAUUCUGUGGGUCCAGAUAUCAAAUUUAUGUUACUGCUUAUAAUGGAAUCGGAACUGGUGAUAGGUCUGAUAUAUUGAAUACUAGAACCAAAGGGUCAAAACCAAUUAUUCCGGAAGCUUCUCGCUUCAUCGAAGUUUCUACGAACAGCAUCACACUACACCUAAAUGCUUGGUCUGAUGGAGGAUGUCCUAUGCUGUAUUUUGUGGUGGAAUACAAGAAGAAAUCUCAUGCAGAAUGGAUACAAGUGUCGAAUAAUGUAAAACCAGGCGGCAACUUCGUAGUCCUUGACCUCGACCCAGCAAACUGGUAUCAACUUCGUGUGACAGCGCACAAUAAUGCCGGAUUUGCGGUAGCAGAAUAUGAAUUUGCAACAUUAACUGUAACUGGAGGCACCAUUGCACCGGCUCGCGAGAUUCCUGAUGUUAACCGGGGCGGCAGCAGUGACGAUGAUCCCAUGAAGAUAUUCAUGGCAAAUUUAAAUCUCGUAGUACCUGUAGUUGCUGCCCUCCUUGUUAUCAUCGUUGCCGUCAUUGUUAUUUGUGUUUUACGUGGAAGAGGUCAUGGUGGAGGUGACAAAGAUGAUGUCGUUUAUCAGCAGACUGGUGCUAUCGGUGCUACCUUAGACAAGCGCAGACCAGACCUCCGGGACGAACUUGGGUAUAUCGCUCCACCAAAUCGUAAAUUGCCUCCUGUGCCUGGCUCGAACUACAAUACGUGUGAUCGUAUCAAGCGAGGUACAGUCAUAAGUACAACAGGGUCAUUUAGAAGUCAUUCGACGUGGGAUCCACGGCGUCAUAUGUACGAAGAACUAUCUCACUGUGCCCCGAAUCGAAGAUGUCCACCACCACCCAUAAUGAGCAGUCCAGACGCUUUAUCCCGAAGAGGUAUGGAAGAUGAAAUUUGCCCAUAUGCAACCUUCCAUUUACUUGGUUUCCGAGAGGAAAUGGAUCCAAGCAAGGCCAUGCAAUUCCAAACAUUUCCACAUCCGGCCAAUGGUCACUCUGGCACCAUGGGACCUCCAGCUGGGCAUCCAACAAAUGCAUCUGCUCAUAGCCGUUCAGGAUCUCAAUCAAUGCCACGACAGAAUGGGAGAUACUCGCGAGUGCCAUCCCAAGGCGGUCAAACCGUUUUUUCUCCGGAAUAUGAUGAUCCUGCUAACUGUGCUCCUGAAGAAGAUCAGUAUGGAUCGCAGUAUGGACAAUAUGGAGCUCCUUAUGACCACUAUGGAUCUCGAGGUUCUGUUGGGCGCCGUAGCGUUGGCUCAGCUCGCAAUCUUCCUCUUUCCAAUUCACCUGAACCACCCCCACCGCCACCAAGGAACCAUGAUCAGAACAACUCAAGUUUUAAUGACAGCAAGGAGAGCAAUGAGAUCAGUGAAGCUGAGUGCGAUCGUGAUCAACUUCAGAUGAGUCGUAAUUAUGGUGUUAAUGCGCGCGGCAAGGAUGGCAUGACAACCGAGGAGAUGCGCAAGCUCAUUGAGAGGAAUUCAAAUGAAGCCACCGGCAGGGAAGCAGGCGCCUCCUACGGGGGUCACGGGGGACUCCUCACACCCUACGAUACUGUGGCAGUGUAAUCUGUAAAAUGAGUGAUAAACCAU